GCCUUUUGAAGCCACGCGCGGAGCCGGAAGUGGUCGUUGCGAGGGUGGAAGUGGGCCUGAAAACCGGGUCCGUCUCUGGAUGUCUGUUUACCGCGGCUGCAGCCUGUUUUCUCAUUCGGCUAGAGGAAAUAACUCCUUUUAACUCUUAUUCUAAGGGGCGCUGGUCGAGGCAAAAGCUCCAGUAUCUCACAAAAAAAGUGCGAAUUCUUCACGCUCUGUCUGGACAAUUGGUCCAGGGUGGAGGGGCUAUUCUCAGGCUGACGGGUCGACGGGUCAGUCAUAUCAGUUGCAGGCAGGUUGGAGGAACAAACCGCUUAUCACUUCGUAGCUGGCGGUCGCUGGCUUUCUUACCCCCACCCACGAAAAGCCCAUUAUUUUGAUGUCGCUGCCUGUGUGAGAGAGACGGAGCUCGAGUCCCCCGCCCCGGCUCCCCCCGAGUAAUGCGCCGGGCUCUGGCUGCCCCUUGCAAGCACCGUUUCCCCCACCGCCAUCAACCGCUUGCUGACCAUGGCUGCAGAUUUGCAAGCCAAGUAUCAGAAACUUGCACAGGAGUACUCCAAGCUCCGUGCUCAGAACCAAGUACUGAAGAAGGCUGUUGUAGAUGAACAAGGCCAAGGAGCAUCUUUAAAGGAGGAACUGAAGAUGAAGGACCAAAGUGUUAGGAAGUUGCAGCAAGAAAUGGAUAGCCUGACAUUCCGAAAUCAGCAGCUGGCAAAGCGUGUAGAGCUACUUCAAGAGGAACUAGUAACUACUGAGGCCAAAGGCAAGAAGAGCAAGAAGAGUGUUGACCCUCCAACUCAGAUGAAUCAGCAGCGACAGAGUGUGUUUGAUGAAGAUCUGCAGAACAAAAUACAGGAAAAUGAGCAUCUGCACAGACAAAUACAAGAAGCACAAGCGAAACACAAGCAAACAGAAACUGACUUCAGGGAACGAUUACUGGUACUAGAGAAAGAUGCUAUGCAACAUGAAGCUGUGAUUGACACCUUGAAGAAGAAGUACAUGGACACCAUAGAAAAACUUCAAAAUGACAAAGCAAAUUUAGAGGUGAAAUCACACUCAUUGGAGAGAGAAGCAAAGGACUGUAGGCUUCGGACAGAAGAAUGCCAGCAACAGCUAAAGAAUAUCCAUACUGAUCUGAGUAGCCGAUUAGACCAGUCAAUAAGUAUUAUUCAAGACAAAGUGCCAUUUAAUGAUACAAGAUUUGCAGAAUACAGUGUAUUGGAUGUACCUGUACACGAUAGAAGGCAUCAGCUGAAAGCUCGUGAUGUUAGUGGACAGGCACUGGCUUUCCUUCAAGAUUUGGUUGGAGCAUUGCUAAAUCUUCAUACUUACACGGAGCAAAGAAUUCAGAUCUAUCCCAUUGACUCUGCGACAGACACUAUAUCUCCACUGAACCAAAAGUUUUCUGAAUACCUGCAUGAAAAUGCCUCUUAUGUUCGUCCUCUAGAGGAAGGAAUGUUGCACCUAUUUGAGAGCAUUACUGAAGAAACUGUUACUUCACUAGAAACUACUGUGAAGCUUAAACCAUUUUCAGAUGUCUUUACUACUUAUGUUUGCUUCCUAAAGAAAAUUCUACCAUACCAGUUAAAGAGGUAA